AUCAAUCAAUUCUCAAAAUAAAAUUAAAAAAUAAAAUAAAAAAUCAAACCCUCAGUGUGUGUAAUUUUCACACACACAGAAACACGCAGAUCGGGAAUUAGAUUAGAAAAAUGGAUCAAGAACAAGAGCAUGAAGUUUAUGGCGCAGAUAUACCUGAUGAAACUGAAAUGGAUGCCGAUAUUGAGAUGUCCAGAAACGAUACUGAAGGCGAUGAUAAUACUAGCUCCAAGGAUUUGGAGGAUAUGAAGAAGAGACUGAAGGAGAUAGAAGAAGAAGCAGGAGCACUUAGAGAAAUGCAGGCUAAAGUCGAAAAGGAGAUGGGUUCUGUUCAAGAUGAUUCUACUGGUGCUUCUGCAACUCAGGCUGAAAAAGAGGAGGCGGAUGCCCGUUCUAUAUAUGUUGGUAAUGUGGACUAUGCAUGUACACCUGAGGAGGUUCAGCAGCAUUUUCAAUCAUGUGGAACUGUAAACAGGGUGACAAUAUUAACCGACAAAUUUGGGCAACCGAAGGGUUUUGCUUAUGUGGAAUUUGUGGAACUUGAAGCUGUUCAAAAUGCUAUCCUCUUGAAUGAAUCAGAGUUGCAUGGUCGUCAACUGAAGGUUGCUGCCAAAAGAACCAAUGUUCCUGGGAUGAAACAGUUUAGAGGGAGGCGUCCCAACCCAUAUUUCGGUUUUAAUCCACGAAGACCUUACAUGCCCAUCCCACCAAUUUACUCUCCAUAUGGUUAUGGAAGGAUUCCAAGGGCUAGGAGGCCGAUGAGGUACCGACCAUAUUAAUCAAGUUUCGAGGUGUUUUUCUAGUGGCUGAAAGAGGCAAUGCUCAUACGGAGUCCCACUAAUAGACAUUGUCUGUAGUCUAAGAUCUGUGUAUCAUUAUGUACCAUUGAUUGCAUUGCCAAUUCCCCUACAUUAGCUUACUCUUUCAAAAUUUCUUUUGUAAGCACUUUAACAUGCGUUUGAACCCAAAACUCAUAGUCAGCAUAAUUAAAAAAAGUAUCCGUAAAACUAUUUUGCUCUAA